AUGUCACUCAUCUUUGGUCCUCAUCCCAAAGUGGUACCCAACCCCGAUGCCGUCUUGAUCAAAGAAGUUCGAGCCUUUACGUUUGGAAAUGACGAUCAGGAAAAGGAAUCGGGAGGAGGAGCCGAUUGCCACAAACAGGCCAAGGGACAUUGGAUUGUCGAUUCCGAUAUUGCCAACCCCAUGAGUGUCUACGAACAGUACCGGUCCAGUCGAUCUAGCUGGGGCAUUGAUGCCAUGGGCAGUAUUGUGGUCGAAGUCGAACUCACCAAUGGUAUGGUCGGUGUGGGUAUUUCGAUUGGUGGUGAUGCCGCCUGUUUCAUGGUCGAAAAACACCUCAGUCGAUUCGUAGAAGGACAGGAUCCCAGUAAUGUCGAACUCAUGUGGGAUCAAAUGUGGAAAUCCACCAUCAAUUACGGACGCAAGGGGAUUGCCGUGCAAGCCAUUAGUGCCGUUGAUAUUGCCAUCUGGGACGCAUUGGGACAUUUGCGAGGAAUGCCCGUCUAUCAGUUGCUAGGAGGAAAAACAAAGGAACGAAUGCCCGUGUAUGCCACCACGGCAAGGCCCGAUCUCGCCAAGGAAAUGGGAUUCCACGGAGCCAAAUUCCCCCUACCCUACGGACCUGCCAAUGGACAAGAAGGCAUGGUCAAAAAUGUAGAGCUCGUCAAAAAGUGGAGAGACGCAGUGGGACCCGAAUUCCCCAUUAUGAUUGAUUGUUGGAUGUCCUUGACGGUCCCGUAUGCGCUCGAAUUGGCCCGACGCUGUCAACCCUACAAUGUCAAAUGGAUUGAAGAGACGCUCCCUCCCGAUGACUAUGAAGGGUACGCAGAAAUCAAACGAAGGGACUGUUCCACCCUUUGGACCACGGGUGAACACGAGUACACACGAUGGGGAUUUCGUACCCUCUUGGAAAAGAAGUGCUGUGAUGUCUUGCAACCCGACAUUACCUGGUGCGGUGGAAUUACAGAGGCGAGACGCAUUAUUGCCUUGGCAUCAGCCUACAAUGUCCCCAUCAUCCCGCAUGGGUCCAGUGUCUACUCGUAUCAUUUGCAAAUCUGCUACCCCAGCUGCCCCAUUGCCGAGUUUCUCGUCAUGUCUCCCAAAGCCGACAAGAUUGUCAGCUUUUUUGGAAACCUCUUCAAGGAUGAACCUCUGCCCAAAGAUGGAUAUGUGGAAAUUCCGGACAAACCAGGAUUUGGUGUCACUCUGAAUAGAGAGGAACUCAACAUGGUGCGUCCCUAUCCACGGGCAAAGUUGUAAGGAAAAGAUGACAACACAACCGGCGAGAAAGGAUAGAACAUACAUUCGAUGUGCUUUUGUGACCCUGUCGGAGCUGAUAGAUCCUGUUGAGCACUACAGAUAUUACUACACUCAUUCUAAAGCACUAGC